AUGGCACAUUUGCGCAGCGAGGAAGAUGGAUUGGUGGAGGAAGUAGCGGGUGGUGGCGAGAGCUCCCUGGGGCGGGCAGUGUUGGCCGUGCUCGAGCGGCUGGAGAAGCGGGUGGGCCUCCUCGAGGAGCGCGUCGCCGAGGUGGCCCUCGCCACCACCACCGAGUCCUCUUCGACCGGCCCCUCCACCUCCCUUGGCACCAUGCUUGAAGACGUCCUCGUCAAGCUCUACCAGAUUGAGGGCAGGGUGGACUCGAUAGAGAAGAGGCAGGAGACGACGCGCGAGGAGAAGGAGCAGAGGCGGAGCGACAAGCGCCGGGCCGCGACGGCGCUGCUGCGCCAGCAGGGCUACGCCAUCCCUCACCACCACCAGCAGCGCCCAACUAUGGAUCUCGCCUCGCCCGCCGGCCAAGAAGCCGCCCUCGCCUCUGAUGGCGACCACCAGCGCCACCUUAACGAACAAGCUGACGACGACGAUGGCUGCGAGGAACAGGACCUGUACGACGAAAGCGGGUGCAGUGGCGAGGACUACUACGCGGUGGGCGACGAGCGCGCGACGACGGUCGAGGCCGAACACCAGGAGCCAGCGCCAGCGGCGGCGGUGGCAGACUCGAAUCUGUUCGUGGGCGGUGGCGUGCGGAAACCGCUGCCGGCCUUCCCGACGGGCGCCGGCGGGCGGCGGGCGAUGACGGCCUACCUGCCCCUCAGCCAAUCCAGCGAGCUCCUCCUCCAGCUGGCAGAGAUGGAGCUCCACGAACGCCAGACCAUGGCCUGA